GGAGAGGAAGCACUGAUUUCACCAAGAUGUCUGUGAUACAUGUUUCAGUUCUGCUGUUGCUGCUACAGCUGAGUUGUUGCUUCAGAACUGGGAGCUGUGGAAAGGUGCUGGUGUGGCCUGUGGAGUACAGUCACUGGAUGAAUUUAAAUGUAAUCCUGGAUGAACUUGUCCGGAGAGGUCAUGAGGUGAUUGUUCUGAGAAAUUCAGCUUCCAUUUUCAUUGAUCCAAGCAAACAAGCUAAUAUUAAAUUUGAAACUUUUCCUAUUGCUGCCACCAAAGAUGACCUGGAAGAUUUUUUUGUACACUUUGU